AAAAAGGAACAGGAUAAAUUUCAUUCAAACAAAUUGCUUCAUUGUCGUAAAAUUCUCUUCGCUUCCAUUGUUAGACGGAGAAAAAGAAAACAGUAGAGAGAAAAAAAUCCCUAGGGCUAAAUUUUCCGCAUUCGUACUCCCAUGUCUGGAGAAGAAGAAGAGAACGCCGCCGAACUCAAGAUCGGAGAUGAGUUUUUGAAGGCUAAGUGCUUGAUGAACUGUGAAGUCUCUUUGAUCCUUGAGCACAAGUACGAACAGCUUCAGCAGGUCUCUGAGGAUCCUAUGAAUCAAGUUUCUCAAGUGUUUGAGAAGUCCUUGCAAUAUGUGAAACGAUUCAGCCGCUACAAAAAUCCAGAUGCUGUUCGACAAGUUCGAGAAAUACUGAGCAGACAUCAACUCACCGAGUUUGAGCUCUGUGUUCUUGGCAAUCUCUGUCCUGAAUCUGCUGAAGAAGCAGUGGCAAUGGUUCCUUCUCUUAGGACAAAAGGAAGAACUCAUGAUGAUGAUGCAAUUGGCAAGAUGCUUGUUGAUCUCUCCCUUGUCAAGAAAUUCGAGUAGUGCAUAAUUCUCAAGAUCUAAGAUGAGGAACAUGUUUUCAGGGUCUUAUUUCUAGCUGAUGUGUGAUCAAAUAUCACUGGAGUUAAUGUUUCAAUGUCUAAAAUAUCAAAGUUGUCAUGGCCAGGAUCUCUGGAAUGGAUGUAAUUUAAUGGAUGAUCCAAGCUUUCAAUAAAAUAUCAUACCAUAUCUUUUUACUAAA